ACUUCACAACUUGAGUUUUAUAGUUUCCUUUAUCCUCUCCUGUUUGUCGUAGGGGUAUUAAAAUUUUCCAGACAUAUUCAUGGAUAGGUGGGAAAAGAUAGCGAUUGAAACGUUCACCCCCAACCCAAAAGUAUGGUUGAGGUAUGUAGAUGACACAUUCACUGUACUUAGAACGUAAGAUAUAGAUAGAUUUUUUGAACACAUCAACUCGAAGGUAGAGGCAAUUCAAUUCACUUAUGAAUUGGAAAGACAGGAAGGGGAACUUCCAAUGUUAGAUUGCAGCGUUAAAAGGAAAGAAGAUAAGAAGUUAAACACUAGUGUUUACAGGAAACCCACACAUUCAAACAGAUAUUUGAACUUCUGAUCAUCCCAUCGUAUGUCUGUAAAAAUAGGAUUGGUGAAAUGUUUAAGUGACAGAGCAAAAAAACUAAGUAGUACCAAGGAAAAUCUAAGACAGGAAGUGAUACAUAUAAGAGAAGCCUUGAAACUUAAUAAUUACCUGGAUAAAUUAGUCGGGAAAUAUGAAAGGAAAUGUAAAAAUAAAAUAAAUAAUGAUAGUACUGAUAGUGAUAAUAAUGAUACUAAGAAUAACAUGCAUGUCAAAUAUGCGCAUGACAACACCAACAAUAAGGAAUCUAAAUCAUCAGUAGUAAUCCCAUACAAGAAAGGAACCUCGGAAACCUUACGCAGAAUUCUUAACAUGGCGGGCAGGAAUAAAAGUGGUUGUCAUUCAAACCACCCACAAAAUCAAUUAGAAACAAGCUUUGUCGAUCAAAGGGUCAAUCCUGUGGACCCGUCAAAACAAAACAAUUUAGUUUAUCUAAUACCCUGCUUACGAUGAUUGUCAGGUCAAAAACAUAGGUCAAACUAGUAGAGCAGGUGCAGUUAGACUAGCUGAACAUAAAAAGCUAGCAAAAUCUAGAUUGGUUGACCCGAAUAAGAUAAGAAAUCUAGGGAAUAGUUCACCUAUAGCACUCACUACAUACAGUCACACACAACCACACAAUAGGAUAGAUGUCAUAGGAUGACUCUUGAGGUUCUACCAUGCCAGGCAGGUUGUUUGGAUAGCGGUUAAACAAAAAGCAGC